AUGACGACGGAGAACACGGUUCUGACUGACGGGGUACCGCCUCCCUUUACCAAGUGGGGGUGCUGUGAGUCCGCCGAGCACCUCGGACACGCUCGAACAGCGAGUUCUUCGCUCGUCGGCAUCCCGUACGGCCAAGGAGCAUCCCUUCUACCCUCGAUAAAGCCGCAAGUCUCCAGGGUAUCCCACUGGCCGCAACGGUUGCAGCUUCGGGACGUCGGCCCCUUAGUCAGCCAGGUCGGUCCGGGAAGGCCGCAACGCCAGCACGCCCCAGAUACGGUAGUUCAAAAAUUUGAGGCAUACUUCAUACCAAGUGUUAAUGUUACAUAUGAAAGGUACAUAUUUUUCACCAGAGAUAUGGAAGAAUCGGAAACUGUGGAUGAAUAUGUAACUCAGUUGAAACAAUUAAGUAAAAAUUGUGAAUUCGAAAAAUUAACAGAUUCUCUCAUAAAGGACAGAUUGGUCUUAGGCAUCAAAGAUAAAAACGUCAAGGACAGACUCUUGAGAACAAAAAAUCUGGACUUGAUAAAGGCGGUGGAAAUAUGUAAAUCUGCAGAGAUAACGAAUAAACAAUUGGAAAUUUUAUGUUCAAAUCCUGGUCCGAGCAUGAGGAAGAGAGAAGAUAAUCAAGAAUUAAUGGAAGUGAGACGAAAAAAUUUUCACAUGGGUAUGAAGAAGCAGGCGCCGAACACAAGGAGACAGAAUGAAGUAUCUAAUGGACAAGGACAACAACAUCCCAGGAGUCGUCAAAGAAAACAGAUAAGUUUCAAGUCAUUUAAUAAUAAUGAAUUUCAUUGUACGAAAUGUGGUACUAUUCAUUUCAGGGGAAAUUGUAAAGCAUUCGGAAAAAUUUGUCGAAAGUGUGGUUUGUAUAAUCAUUUUGCUUCAUUUUGUAAAAGUAAAAGUGUUAAUAAUAUUGCAAGAAAAGAAGAACUUUAUAUAGGUUCAGUGGAAAAUAGUACUUCAUCUACAAAAUCAAAUUGGACAGUCGAUUUAAAAAUAAAUAAUGAAAUAGUAAAUUUCAAAGUAGAUACUGGCGCUGAUGUUAAUGUUAUUCCAUUCAGUUUGUACAAUGCAAUUUUCAAAUCCCAAUUAAUUAUGAGAGAUGAUACCAAAUUGAUAGAAUAUACAGGAAAUCAAAUCGAAAUAAUAGGAUAUAUUACAGCCCCAGUUUUUUAUAAAAAUAACGAAUUUAAUGUAAAAUUUUUUAUAGCUAAAGGAUAUGGCCGUCCAAUAAUUGGAAAAACCUCAAUAGAAGACUUGGAUAUUGCGAGAAUGGUAGCGGAAAUGAGUGACACCAAGAGGUAUAUGCUUGAUUUUCAUGAUGUUUUUGAUGGAAUUGGGUGUUUACCAGGUCAAUAUAGUAUUAAGGUAGAUGAAACUGUUAAACCUUGCAUCCAUGCAGCUAGACGCUUUCCCCAAGGGAUUUUGGUACCAGAAUCAUUGAGAAGAGAAAUGUUGAAUCUGAUCCAUUUAAGCCACAUGGGCAUUGUUAAGUGUAAUUUAAAAGCAAAAGAACUACUUUAUUGGCCAAAUAUGUUUCGUGACAUAGAAAAUGUAGUAUUAUCAUGUGACAUUUGUCAAAAGUAUUCUAGAAAUAACUUCAAAGAGUCACUCAUACCGCAUCCCAUUCCCGAAUAUCCGUGGCAAAAAGUAGGUUGUGAUUUGUUUGAAAUUGAUGGCAAAAAAUAUAUGAUUGUUAUUGACUAUUUUUCAAAAUAUGUUGAAAUUUGUAAAUUGAAUUCUAUUUCUUCAGAAAUUGUUAUUAAAAAUUUGAAAUGUAUAUUUAGUAGAUUAGGCAUACCACAAAUAUUCAUGUCUGAUAAUGGUACACAAUUCUCCAGUUUUGAAUUUCAGAGUUUUGCAAAAAGUUGGCAAUUUGAAAAUAUAACUUCUAGUCCAAAUUAUCCACGCUCUAAUGGUAUGGUAGAGAGAGCCAUUCAAACUGUUAAGAAUAUAAUAAAGAAAAAUUCAGAAUCAGAUACAGAAUUAGAAUUAGCUUUAUUGGACUAUAGAAAUACUCCAAUAGAUGUAAACAUACCUUCACCUAGUGAAUUGUUUUUUAAUAGGAAAACUAGGACAAUUUUACCUGUUAAAAAGGAAUUGUUAUAUCAUAGAAAUAUAAAUUUUAAGCGACAGAGAAAUCUCUUAGUGAAAAGACAAAACAAACAGAAGACAUAUCACGACAGGAUUAUAACGACCACGACCCACGACAAUGAGUGGUAUAUGUGUGAUGGCCGACCGAGUGUAGACAUCGUUUAUGUGAGCUCCGAAGAAAUUUAG